AUGAAUCGAUCCGCAGCCUCGUCUGAACCGCCCGAAGAGCCAUACCAUCGGAGCGAGCCGAACUUGCUGUCUCCUGCAUCGCCCAAACCAUUCCACUUCCCACAGCCUACAAGCAUACCGAUUCUGGACAGACAGAUGGAUGUUGGAUUCAACCAGACUGAGCUCCAUAUGUCCGACCCUGCCACGCGUAAUGUUGAGCUGCGUCCUGAUGCUUGGCGCGAUCCGAACGAGCCCUUGAUCACUUCUGCGGAACAACCUUCCAUACAUUCCCCUGAUGCCGAUGUUCACCACAACUCGGAUGCAACUAUCGGCGCAUCAAUUGAGCAACAUCAAAGUCCUGCAGCAACUCAGGCUGACAGUGGAGCAGACGGCCAGACCGCUUCCACGUUUAUCACGGAUGCUGCCGCACAAAGUCAACAGAUUCAUGCCUUGAGAGACGCAUCAUUGCACCCAAGCCGAUCCGAAACUCCAGUAAAAGGCCGUGCUGAUGCUUCGGCUGCCAUUGAGGCACAAUUUGACCCUGUAACUUCUGAGCAAAUCCGGAUAGACUCUGCUCCAAGCGACGUUCACAUGCAAUCAUUGUUGGACAAUUUGCAGACCGCUUUGGUCCCUGACGCAACUGCAACUGCGUCUUCCAGUGCCGAUGACCUGUCUUCAACUGCCCCACCCAUCUCGUCUGUAGUGACUGAUACAGUAACAGACGUUCCAUCUACAUCGGUUGCAAAUCAGCACGCUACAUUGAGCGCAGCAUCAGGACUCCCCAGUGGCCUUCCUCCUCGUCCACCGCCACAAGAGCAACCGCUCAUUCAUCCCAACUACGUCCAUUCCCAACACAUAAGCGACUACCACCCUCAUGCAGUCCAAUCGCUUCCACGUGGCGAAAAUGCAGACUCUGCGGCUGAGCAGGCCUCGCCAUCCAUCGCACCGGCUGGUAACGAUGCCCCUGGCUCGCAGGCAUCCCCCACUGUCAAACAGCAAUCAUCACCACCUGCCACGGCUCGCACAGGGCCAGAACGUUCCGCAAAGGAGGCCUCAAUGCGUAAGUCCGUCACGCCUUUGGAGAGCCGACGUGAAUCCAAGCUUGCUGCGGGUGAAGUUCCCGGCGUUGAUGAUCGGCCCUGGACGGCAGACAUCCAACGCAAGUAUGAUCACUUUCUAGAACAGGAGCGCAAAUAUGUCAAUGAAGCCCGGUGGGAUCAGUUCCCAGGAGGCUCUCGGCUGUUCGUCGGCAAUCUCUCCUCCGAGAAGGUCACCAAGCGAGACAUCUUCCACGUUUUUCAUGCUUAUGGAGAGUUGGCUCAAAUCUCCAUCAAGCAAGCAUAUGGCUUUGUACAAUUCCUUCGUGUCGAUGAUUGUUUCCGGGCUAUGGAAGGUGAGCAGGGCCGACAGAUCCGAGAAAAGCGCAUUCAUCUCGAGGUGAGCAAACCACAGAAAAGCAAGGCGCCGCAGCAGAAUGCCAGUCGUAGGUCAAGGUCGCCGGAGCAAGGAGGCCGUGGCCGACAGAACUCCGAUCGUCAUGGGCGACCCUCGAAUGGACGUGGCCGGGACGACUACAGGCCAGGGCCGCGAUCGCCCUCCCCUCGCAACUAUCGCGACAGGUUCGACGAUAGGUACCGCGCGCGAUCGCGCUCGCCCGGAUAUGGCCGUGGUGACCGCUAUGGCAGUCGUGCCACGCCGCCGCGGGCCGACGAUGAUGAUGACCUUCCGCUCCCACGUCGGACGCCAGCCGAAGUGCCGGAUGUCCAGAUCAUAGUGCAGACCGAGCUGAAUCGUGAUUUCAUUGCGUGGGUCGAGCAAAGCUUCACUGCUCGAGGAGUACGGGUCGGCACAUUGCGGCUCGCACCACGCCUGAACGAAGACGCCGUGGUGAAACGUCAGAUCGUGGAGGGAGUUCUCGCCGUUGUGAAGCUAAAGCGUUCAAAUCAAGAUACCAGCAAAAUCGGACUCACGAUAUUCAAGCGAAAGUCAGGGAUGCGUGAUGUGCAAUUCGAGGAAUAUGACAACCUGGACCCACCAAUCUGCGUCGAACUAGUCUUACGCGAGAAACAGACCCAGCUUGCGAGCUCCGGCGGCUAUGCGAGUCAUUACAGCGCGCCAUCAGGAGGAUCGCAAUAUGGCUACCAACCGCCUUCCAUCCCUGCCCCAGCCGCACCGUAUGGCUACCCCUCCGGCUAUCUCCCUCCACCUGGCCAAUUCGCGGGACAGGCGCCGCCCAACCUGCAGAAUCUCAAUACCAACAAUCUCCAGAGCCUACUGACCAGCCUGAGUCAGGCCACGCCGAGCACACCACACACAGCGGGAAGCGGAGGUUUGCCUAACAACGGCGUCCCUCCAUCGGCGCCUUUCGUGUCUGCAGGCUAUCCUCCAGCACCCGGCUACGGCCAGUACGGGGCCGCUCCACCACCCCAGGAUCCGUAUGCGGCGAUGCGGUAUCCUGUAUCUGGUGCGACCGGCAUGCCAGGCCAACAUCCUGCCAACGCUCCCGCGCCGCCGCCGAACAUGCAGGACAUAUUGGCUCGUCUCGGCACGUAUGGGAAUCGGUGA